AUGUUUGGAUAUAAAAAAGUGAAUUCCCUACCGAUACCAUUUCCUUUGGAUGUUUGUGUUAUUCAUAUCGAAGAGUCUGGGCAAAGAUAUGCUGCAGCUUUACAUCGCAACGAGAAGGGCACGAAACAGUUUACAGUACUAAAAAUUGUGAAUAAAACUCAUGAUCCUCUUGGCAGUUAUGCUCUGCCGAAUGCCGUCUCUAUGGAUUGUACUGCCCACAAUGGCAAAGGUUAUAUUUCCAUUGUAGAGGUGAAUACAACAAAACCUGACUCGGAAGAUACAUCCACAAUCUAUGAGAUAACUUCGCAGCAUGUCAAACCCAUUCAAUCCAUAAAAAAUACGCAGUUGAAAAGCACCCAUCUACAUGUCAGCGAUAAUGAAUGCUAUCUCUUUCAAAUUACCAGUAAUGGAGAAUCCUGUCCAUAUUUUAAAUGGUCCAGUGAUAAAAAUUUUAAAAAAAUUGGAACUUUACAUUGUCCGAACAAUACUGAAAAUUUAAAACCAUUUACAAUAAAUCAAGAAGCCUAUAUUACAAUGGCAGUUAACGAUGAGAACUCUUCGAAAAUCUUCAAAUAUUCUCGAAGUUCGAAACAAUUUGAAUUAUAUCAAAAUAUCGAAACAACAAAGGCCAAGGAUGUGGAGUAUUUUCAAAUACAGGAAAGGAAUGAGGAUACAAAACAUUAUCUAAUUUUUGCCUCUAGCGGAGAGGAAAAUUCGAUUGUCUAUUUUUUCAAUGAUCAAAAGCGGUUUGUACCCUAUCAGAAGUUAUCUUUAAAAAAUGUCAAGAAAAUUCAGGCCAUAAAGUUUGAAAUGUCUUGCCUUCUCAUGACCUCCUGUGCUGAAGAUGAUAUUCUGGCAUAUCGCUUUGAUAAUGGAAAAUUCAUGGAAUUACAGUUGCACUUUACGGGUCAACAUUUUCAUUUAUAUCGGGAAAAUGAUAAACCUUUUUUGUUAAUUUCCCAUAGCAAUGCGUUGGAAAAUCAAGCCGUCUUAUAUGAACCUAUUUUUAAGGACGUAACAAAACUGCAAAAAUUAAAGCAGGAUAUUAGUGAAUGGCUUGAACAGGAAUCUAGGAAAUUACAAACUAAUGAUAUUGAGAAAUUGGCCGCAAAAGUGCAGUUGGUCUAUCCAAAAAAGAAAAUGUCCACGAAUUAUUGGCAAACCUUGUGCUAUAUAAAUCAGGCUUUGAAGAUACUUGAAGACGAAGUAGUUCCAAAACACCCUACAAAACGUCAAACUAAGGAAAGCGACCACGAAGAGUCUUCGGAAUAUGUUUAUGAGACCCUCAACAUAAAGCAGUUAACUAUCGACAAUAAAUUAGAAGCAAAGAUAAUCAACAAAAUAAAUAUUGAAAAUCCCGAAUUCCAGGCAAUACAUGCCGACAAAAUAACCAUUUUUGAACAAUUCUUAAAACCUCUUCCCGAAGAUAGGUCAUCCGAUCUAAACUAUAUGGAAGAUAAUGAAAUGCUCAUGAUUGAAAAUUUGAAUAUUAAUGGAAAAUUAAAUGAAUUUACAUGGAUGGAACUAUUAAAUGAUACCCUAAAACGAGAGGGCGAUGAACAAUUGAUAAAUGCUCCCAAUAUUAAAAUAAAGAAUUUAGAAACUUCGCGACUUGUUGUGACCAGUAAUGUUGUAAAUCAACAACAUUUAAGUACCCUAAUACCCAUAGAUGGUGGAGAAUAUGUCAUCAAUCAAGAUAUACAAUUUGCCCAACCGAUUCGUGCCAAAUCCGUGCAAAUAAAUGAACGACUAAAUAAUGUCAAUGUACUGCAAGGGAAACUUGAUGUUCUGCUGCGGCGUUCGAAUGAAACACAAAUUAUUGAGGGUCCGAAAAGUAUGCGUAAUGUUAAGGUUAUGGAGCCGGUAACAAUUGCAGUAAGUUUGCAGGGUCAAAUGUUGGGUAAACAUCUGGAAUCGAUAACACCCAAUAAGGCAAUACAUCAACCCCUGGUACUGCAGGGUGAUUUUAUGAUUAACGGUGAUGUGGAUAUCAAUCGAUUAUUAAAAACUGGCGACAUCAUUGAUUUACGUGAAAAAAUGUCCGUCAAACAAACGCUGGAGAGGGGUAUUCGCAUGAAUCAACAUGUGGAAGAUAUCAAAUUGAAAUUUCUUCAACCGCUUAAAGCCAAUAACACAUUGGUGAGUUUUGUAAAUCGUAAUGAUUUACAAAGGCUGGUAAAACUCAAUCAAGAUGAAAUACAAAUUAUUGAAGGACCAAAACGAUUUGCUGGUUCAUUGGAAAUUAGUCGUGGUUUUAGUGAAUUUAAAAAUCUCAAUGGCAUCGAUAUGGAGAAAUUGGAAAAGAAUUCAUUUCUGCGCAAUAAUAAUCAAACAAUCACGGUGCCAAUGAAAUUCGGGAAAAUUCAGGCAAAGAGCAUCAAUAGUACCUCAAUUCUAAUUAACAAUCGUAAUGUAUCGGAAUACCUUACCAAAUCGUCCAAUCAAUCAGUUAAUGGUAAUCUAAUUGUGGACAAUCUCAAAGUGGAAACAUUGAAAGUAGAUAAUCUCAAUACGAAUAAUAGAAUAUUUCAACAAAAUAUUGUCGAUAUAUAUCGACAAAAAUCGCGUAGUGCUCCCAGCCAACAAGAAGUAUUUUCGAAAAAUCAAAAAUUCCAUGGUUCGAUAUAUGUGAAAAAUUUAAUUCUGAAUUCCACCAUUAAUGAAAGGAAUAUACAAGAGAUUGAGCGGAAUCUUCUCCAAUUAGAGGGUAAUAUUAAAUAUGUUGGGAAUUUUAAAUUCAAUUAUCCCAUGAAUGUCACGAAGCUGUCAUUCUAUGGCAAAUUGAAUGACAUCAAGGCGGAGGAAUUGGGUAAAACUUGGCUACAGAAAUAUGCCAAACAACAGGUGUUUAUGGUGCCACAAACAUUUGGUACGGUGUCGGCGGAAAAUGGUUUACAUGUAGAGGGAAAUUUAAAUGGUUUCACCAUCAAUGAUCUCUAUACGAAAACCUAUUGGAUCAAUCGGGAUGAGUUCUUAAAUGAAAUGGUGUUUGAAAAUCCCAUUGAUAUCACCUCCGGUUUAACCACCCUGACCCUCAAUCAUCACUAUUUACCGGAGGAAAUUCUUUGUCACAAUGAAAUUCAACGUGUUCUGCACCCUCUCACCAUAGAAGGAGAUUUGGAAGUUUUGGAGGAUCCAUUAAAUGUUACCAUCAUUAAAAACAUUCAUGUCCAACGCUUAAAGGAAUAUCUUCAGGAUGAUUACUGCCACCAAUUAAUUGUUGAGAAUGCCUAUUUGAAGCACGGUCCACCUGCGUAUAAAACUUUAAAUUAUCAAAAUAUUGCAAAAACCUUGGAUGCAGUAUGGUUGGCAAAUGAAAAUGUAGUCUUGCCAAAAAAUGUCAAUAUUGAUGAUGCCUAUUUUGAGGGUCUUUUGGAAUUUGAGGGACGAAUGAAUAACAUGGACUUGGCUUUCGUUAAGGAAAAUUACUUUAGCAAAUCGAAAUCUCAAAAUGUUGCAAGUCAAGUGGUAUUGGCAGAAACGGCAACAUUUGCCGAAGAUAUCCGGGCCGAUGAUGUACAAUUGUUUGGGCCCAUUAUCGAAGAAAAGAGUGGAACACAAUUGGAUUUUAUGAAAUUUGUCGAAAAUACGCUAAAAACAAAUAAUGAUCCCCAGCAUCCUCCUACAAUAACCGGCAAUUGGUCAAUUCUGGAAGCUGUUAUCGAUGGAAACAUUAAUCAAAUGUUAAUAAAUAAUCUAAAUUUAGUUGAUGAUGUAGUUCACAAUAACAACAACAACAACAACGGCUCGCCAUAUGAAAUAAGAGCUCCCAAAAUGUUCUUAAAAGGUGCUGCCAUAGAUAAUCUUAUGGCCGAUGCAACAAGUGUCCUUAACAAAAUACCCAUUGGUAAAUGGAUUAAUGAAGCCGUUUACCUAUAUGAAAAUUAUACCAUAUAUGGUACAACAACAAUAACAUCGAUGAACAUCUUUAAUGAUUUACAAGUUAUGGGCGAACUUAAUAAUAUCACAUUUACCGGAGAAAAUCUUUUUUUGCAAGAUAGUAAACAAAUUCUACCGAAAAAUUUACGCAUAAUAAGUCAUUUAAAGGAUGAGAAACGUUUCCUAACCAAUAAUAUUGAUAAUUUAUAUGUUGAUUUUAUUAAUUCGGAAUAUAUGCCAAAGUUAAUGGAUAAUUUAAUUCCAUGGUCGAAAGAUACGGAAAUUUCAAGUCAUCUGGUUUUUAAGGAGCCAAUUAAUGCGGAUAAAUAUUAUGGUCCACUGGAUUAUGGAACACAGCAAGCCACCAAUACACACACAACUUAUGCCUUGGAUCAUUUUGAAAUAGCCCAAACCUUCACUGCGCAUUCAUCAAAAGUUAUGCAUUUGUAUUUCAAUGAUUCUUCCCAUGUUAUCGAUGUCUUAGCUUUAUUGGAUAAAAACACCCAAAAGAUAGAUUUUUAUAAAUGGAAUUCUGAUCGCAUGCAAUUUGUUCAAAGUUCAG